GUCAUUACACCACCGGAAGUCAAUAUACGGAAGUACUGAUUUCAGUGAAAUUCCGCCGGUGAUAAACCAUUCUCUCUCGAAAUUCACUAACUUAGGACCUAGUUGUGUCGACAAAAAGAAGUAUAGUAAGAACUAGAUAUGGCCGCUAGUCGUAGAUUGGCUAAAGAGUUGAGCGAUAUCAAAACAUCUGGAUUAAAAACCUUCCGGGAUAUCGAAGUUGAUGAUGCGAAUAUACUAUCUUGGAAAGGAAUUAUACUUCCCGACUCAGCUCCGUACAAUAAAGGAGCGUUUAAAAUAGAAAUACAUUUUCCAGCAGAAUACCCUUUCAAACCCCCUAAAAUAACAUUCGUUACCAAAAUCUAUCAUCCGAACAUCGAUGAAAAAGGCCAAGUAUGUCUACCAAUAAUCAGCACUGACAAUUGGAAGCCAGCAACGAGAACGGAUCAGGUAAUACAAUCAUUGAUUGCUCUUGUUAACGAUCCAGAACCGGAACAUCCAUUACGUGCUGAUUUAGCCGAGGAAUUUACCAAAGAUAAGAGAAAGUUUAUGAAGAACGCUGAGGAACACACAAAAAAGUGGGCUGCCAAGCGUCCCUCCGACUCUUAAAAGAGGCGUUGGUGUAAUACGCCGUCCUGCUUAUGCAACUUGUACACAAAAAUACUUUCCUCAAUAAAUAAAACUAGCACUUUGUAAUUUUUCGUUUGCUGACCAAUAGUUAUUUAAGUAUCACGAUGUUUAUCCUGGCGAAUCAUCGUCUUUGUAACUUGAAUCUAUGUAAAAGUAAAACGAAAGUGUGUGAGGCCAUAUGAUUAUGUUAACUAAUCAGUCUGUCAUCCUUCGUAUGGUGAUUAACUGAAUAUCUGUUCAAUAAAUAAGCUUUUCGAGUGCUGCAAUAGGAUUUUAAUGAUUUAUUGCAAAAUUCUUAGUGUAAUUUCUUUUCAAGUUGUAUGAAUAAUGAAAAAUUCUACAGUGAAAAAAAGGAACUAAUUUAUCAUAUAACACAGAUGGCGAUACUGCAUCGAACUCUUUUCAUCUGUUUGCUUUGAAGAAACAAAAGUAAAUAAAGCCAUUCAUAUUAAAAGAUUUUAUAUUGGCAGGAAAAUAUAGAGUUAAAGAAACUUAAAAUAAGACUUAUCAGUAUACCAUCUAAUCUCUCAAUUCUUCCGCGA